UGCAUUCAAUUACUACUGUUCAUCUGGGUCUUCAUUCACGUGAAAUAGAAUGGCCAAAAACCAGGGAUUUGCCGUAGGAAUCGACCUUGGUACAACCUACUCGUGUGUUGCAGUGUGGCAGGGGCAACAAAAUAGAGUAGAAAUAAUUCACAACGACCAAGGGAACAGAACUACACCUUCUUUUGUCGCUUUCACUGACGAUCAAAGGUUGAUUGGUGAUGCUGCUAAGAAUCAGGCUGCAACCAACCCAGAAAACACUGUCUUUGAUGCCAAGAGGUUAAUUGGUAGGAAAUACAGCGAUCCCACUAUUCAAAAUGAUAAAAUGUUAUGGCCAUUCAAGGUCAUAGCUGAUAAUAAUGACAAACCCAUGAUCACCGUUAAAUACAAGGGCCACGAGAAGCUCCUUUCAGCAGAGGAAGUGUCAUCUAUGAUCCUCAUGAAAAUGCGGGAGAUUGCUGAGGCAUAUUUGGAAACACCGGCAAAGAGUGCUGUUGUUACAGUGCCUGCUUAUUUCAAUGAUUCUCAGCGUAAAGCCACCAUAGAUGCUGGAACCAUAGCUGGCCUUAAUGUUAUGCGGAUAAUCAAUGAACCCACUGCAGCAGCUAUUGCAUAUGGCCUUGACAAGAAAAUUAACUGUGUUGGAGAGCGUAACAUUUUUAUCUUUGACCUUGGUGGUGGUACUUUUGAUGUUUCUCUCCUUACAAUUAAGGACAAGGUCUUCCAAGUCAAGGCUACUGCAGGGAACACCCACCUUGGGGGAGAGGACUUCGACAACAGAAUGGUGAAUUACUUGGUGCAGGAGUUCAAAAGAAUGAACAAGGUCGACAUUAGUGGUAACCCCAGAGCUUUACGAAGGUUGAGAACUGCGUGCGAAAAGGCGAAAAGGACACUCUCGUUUGCUGUUACAACCACAAUUGAGGUUGAUUCAUUAUCUAAAGGCAUUGAUUUCGGCAUUUCAAUCACUCGUGCAAAGUUUGAGGAACUAAAUAUGGAUCUCUUUGAGAAGUGUCUGAAGACUGUUAAGAAGUGUCUUAAAGAUGCAAAGACGGACAAGAGCAGUGUACAUGAUGUUGUCCUUGUUGGUGGUUCUUCGAGGAUUCCCAAAGUGCAGGAACUAUUGCAGGAAUUCUUUGAGGGAAAGGAUUUGUGCAAGAGUAUCAACCCUGACGAGGCUGUCGCUUAUGGAGCUGCCGUGCAGGCUGCUUUGUUGAGUGAUGACAUUCAGAAUGUUCCAAAUUUGGUUUUGUUGGAUGUUGCACCGCUGUCACUUGGUAUAUCCACAAAAGGAGAUCUCAUGAGUGUUGUGAUUCCUAGGAAUACUACUAUUCCAGUUAAGAGGACUCAAGAAUAUUUUACAGUGGAAGAUAACCAAACCUCUGCGCGUAUUGAGGUUUAUGAAGGCGAGAGAACCAGAGCAAAUGAUAACAAUUUGCUUGGUUUCUUUAGUCUUUUGGGAUUGGUUCCUGCUCCUCGUGGCCAUCCUGUGGAUGUAUGCUUUACAAUAGAUGUAAAUGGCAUUCUAUCUGUUUCUGCGGAGGAAACAACCACUGGUUAUAGGAAUGAGAUUACCAUAACCAAUGACCAAAAAAGGCUUUCAGCUGAGCAGAUUAAAAGAAUGAUUCAUGAAGCUGAGAAAUAUCAGGUUAAUGAUAUGAAGUUCAUGAAGAAGGCUAAUACAAUGAAUGCUUUGGAUCACUAUGUUUACAAGAUGAGGAAUGCAUUGAAUAAUAAGAAUAUCAGUUCAAAGCUUUGUUUACAAGAAAGGAAGAAAAUCAAAUCUGUAAUUACAAAGGCGACUGAUUUGCUUGAGGGUGAUAAUCAGCGGGAUAAAAUAGAGGUGUUUGAGGAUCAUCUAAAUGAGAUUGUGAACCUCUUUGAUCGUGUCAUUGGCAAGUUUGCUUAGAUGUUUUUUAAGUUUCUAUUUUUUGCAAUGCUGAGA